AUGGUAUCAUGGAGAUAUAUAGCAGUAUUAUAUGCACAAUACUUUGGUAUGACAGUAUUAAUUUUAGGAAUAUUAGGUGAUAUUUUAAAUAUAUAUAUAUUUUCAACGGUACGUUCGUAUCGUGAAACACCAGCAACAUUUUAUCUAUUAGGUGCAGUUAUUGCAAAUUUUAUUCAACUAACACUUGCGAUAACAACGCGAAUUAUAAGUGUUGGUUUUAAUAAUGAUUUAACAAGUUCAUCUCUUGCUUGGUGUAAAAUUCGUCAAUUUAUUGUUGCAACUUAUCCUAAUAUAGCAUUAACAUGUGAAUGUUUAGCAACUAUAGAUCAAUUUCUAGUAACAUCACGUCAUGUUCGCUUACGACAAUUGAGUAAUAUUAAAAAUGCUUAUCGAAUUUCUGCUGUUUGUGUUGUUAUAUGGCAUCUUCAAAGUAUUCCUUUUCUCGUUUACAAUCAAAUACAGUAAGUUAAAAUAUAUUUACUCCUCUAAUUACAUCAAACAAUUGUUAAUCGAUCUUAAACUUUUACUAUAAAUUUAUGUCAACUGAUUCAUUGUGGCGAAUAAGUCUCUGCCAUAAAAAACAAAAAAUUGUUAGCUAAUUGAAAUAUUUUUUUAUAACUUGUCGAGUGUUACAGGUCUCCAUUGAAAUGAACGAUAAUAUUUCAUAGUAGCAUCUAGGCAUGUAUCGAGCUCGGAUCUCUCGGUCUCGGUCUGAAUCUUAGUCAGUCGCGAUAUCAGUACCAGUCCUCAUGUCUUGAACUCGGUGUCGAUCAGCAGAAUAGCCUCUCAUGAAUUUUCUUCUUACAAAUUCAAUUUCUCCAUUGUUUUUCAUUCAUCCAUUUAACCAAAUGUUUUUUCGUGAUAUUUUCAGGAAAACACGUUUCUGCAUGAUUUUCUUUUACCCCUAAUCUAUUCUGAGAUCCUACGACUGCUAUUUUUACCUCCUUGAUACCAACAUUGUGUGAGAGUGCGACAAGAACUAAUCGAGACUAAGACUCUUGGUUUAGUCUCGGUCUCGGUACAGCCCUAG